AUGUCAUCCAUCUCUGACUUUGUCGAUCUUGGACAGCCUAUGUUCUGGCUGUCUGCAGCUAGCAUUUGUUUCAAUCCUACCUUUUGGAACACGGCCGCAAGAUCAGAAUACCACAACAAGACCAUUACCAAGCUGUUUGGCGGCAACUCGCUUUACGGCUGCUAUGCCCUCGCCGUGACAAUCUUCACCCUUGGAAUUGUUCGAGACAGCAUCUACGAACGCGCCCUCCGCAGUCAACCCACGCACCCACUCCUUCUUGGACCUAUUCCUGAGGCCUUGGCCAUCGCUCUCUUCGCAUCUGGAAACGUUCUCGUGCUUACAUCCAUGUACGCUCUCGGCGUCACGGGCACCUAUCUUGGUGACUACUUCGGCAUCCUAAUGGAUGAAAUGGUGACUGGUUUCCCGUUCAACGUGUGCUCGGCACCCAUGUACUACGGCUCUACCCUCAGUUUCCUUGGAUCGGCAUUGUGGUUCGGCAAGCCUGCGGGAGUGAUCCUAACGGGACUGGUGUUCUUGGUUUACAAGGUUGCUUUGACAUACGAGGAUCCAUUCACUGCUGGCAUCUAUGCAGAGAGGGAGAGAAAGGAGAAGACCGAGGGCAAGAAGGUCCGUUGA